UGUUGUUUGCUUUGGUUUGUGAUGCGCUGGAGUCGGCAUUUUAUUGAUUACACAUGGCGUACGCGUAAACUGGCGCUUGGCACGCAAAGCUGGCCCCCAACCCAAGGACAACACCGACACCCAUAUGGACAGGCAACGUUAACGUGUUUGUUUUUGGUAAUUCAAGAGCAAAAGCAAAGCUAAAAACAGCAAUAAACGAAAACUAUUAGUUGAGGUAGCGGCGUUUGAAUUGCUUUAACGGACAUUCACUCUGUGCUACGCAUUUGUUGCAAGCGUGUGUUGUUGCGCUGUUGCAAAACGCAAUUAUUGUAAUAUAUUUUAAUAAACAUAAUGUCGGCCACAGCCAAUGGCGAUGUAGCCGGGCGUUCUGAAACAGAUCGUGUGAGCGCCCUUGAAUUGCAAUCAAAUCGCCGCAUGCUGUACUUUAGCGAUGGAGUCAUGGAAGAGCUAUCCUCUAGCGAUAGCGAAACUGAGCCGGACGUGCCCGAUAAGGCGUACGAUGUACAGUUGCAGCGCGAAAUGACGCUGGGACCCCGCCUACGUUACAAGGCCAGCAAGGUAGGCAAUAAUAUACUUGCCGGCAUUGAUUAUGUCGGUGGCGGCCUGGCCUCGUUUUUGGGCAUUACCGAUUCUAAAUACGCCAGCGAACUUAAGUAUCACAAGCGCGCCAAAGAACAAGCUGAGGCCGAGGACGCGGCCGACACAGACCUUGACAAUUGGCAAGUCCACAGCAAUAAUAAUCGCAAUAACAACGACACUGUUGUGGUUUGUGCGCCUGCGCGUCACACGGAGAACUCCAAUCCCACUGAGUAUUGCAUGUCCAGCACUCCCAGUCGACAAUGAAUUCCAAAUAAGUAAAUGCAUUAAGCGAACAAUGCCCCUAAACAUAAAAUGCUCAUCAGGUGAAAUUGCAAUCCGCUUUAGUGUAAAUAUAUAUAAUUGUAUAGCAUGUAAAUUAAAUUUUUUCGA